UUCUGGCCACUGGGAGCGCUCAGUGACAAAAAUGGUAGUGUUGGAUCAAUGAAAUUGUGAUAGUGUAGUAAAAACUAGAAUGGUGCACGUAAAUUAAAAUUGUGAAUUAAAUGAUAUUAAUUGUAGGCCAUGGGUAAGGAUCAGGAGUUAUUGGAAGCUGCACGUAAUGGAAACACUCCGGUCGUGGAAAAAAUUCUUAGCCAGCGAGCAAAAAGGAGUGGCCCUCUUGCAAGCCUGCGGAGAGGGCCCGGGGCCAAUGUGCAGGACAGUAGCGGCUACUCGGCCCUGCACCACGCGGCACUCAAUGGCCACAAAAACAUUGUGCAGCUGCUGCUGACCCACGAGGCCUCCACUAACAUCGUGGAUGUGAAGGGUUCCAGCCCACUACACCUAGCUGCCUGGACUGGCAAUGUAGACAUCGUCAGGUUGUUGCUCACCCAUGGCCCAUCAGUUCCUAACGUCAACCUCACUACCAAAGACCGGGAGACAGCCCUUCACUGCGCCGCCCAGUACGGACACACGGCAGUGGUCAGUCAGUUGUUGGAACACUCCUGUGAUCCGACAAUCCGCAACAGCCGACACGAGACCGCGCUGGACCUGGCUGCCCAGUAUGGAAGACUGGAGACUGUAGAACUGCUAGUCAGGACACACCCUGAGUUGCUACAACCCUACCUCAGCAACCAAGGCUCUAGUCCGCCCUUCACCUUCCCUCACACACCACUUCACCUCGCCUCCAGAAAUGGCCACAAGGCCGUGGUGGAGGUACUGCUCUCUGCAGGUAUGGACGUCAACGUCCGCACGGCCGCGGGGUCCGCGCUACACGAGGCCGCUCUCUGUGGCAAGACCGAAGUCGUCAGGACGCUGCUGGAACACGGCGUCGACCUCGGCAUCCGCGACGAACAACGAAACACUGUCACUGAUUUGCUCAAACAAUUCCCCACCCAUGUCGUCCAAGACAUCAUCACCAUUAUAUCAAGGUUCAGGGCGGUCCACGGUGACCAGUCUCUACCGCCCAUCCCUGUACCGUCUCUAGGCAGUCCCUACGAGAAUGUCAGAGUUCCUCCCAGCCACUCGCCCACACAGUGGGAUCGUCGGGUCUCCGCCUCGUCGGCGAUAUCGAUAGGCAGUGGCAAUGACGGACUAAGACACUACGGACUUUCCAAGUCUCUGAUGGACUCUCUGGAGGGCAGAGACCUGGACCAGAUGAGUGUUUCCUCCACAGCAUCCAGCACUGGUGGACCCUCCCCUAGAGACAUCUAUCUGCCCAUGGCGCCUUCCCAGCCCUCACCCACUGCCAAUAACAAAGUUUCUCCCACACCACCAAAGAAGCCUCCCCGGCGCAACCUGUCAGUGUCGCCAACUCACCUGAUGCCGCUCAUGUCUGUGUCUGCGGACCAUCAUCAGUCUCCCUCCGCCCAUGCCUACGAGUACCUGUUCCUGGCGAGGAGUGGUGUUCGCAGCCAUGGCGACCUGGACGAGAUGAUGGCGUGUGCAAAGCUGAGGCGAGGCGUAUCUGCUGAUCAGUACGUAGACAUGAAGCUGAGACGCAGUAUGGUGAGUGAAUCAGAUGACAAGUACGAGCCUGUCGCCAUCACAUCACUGUAUGAGAACAUGCCUGUGAGAACAACAAACCCUAGACGGAAACUGCGGAGGAUAACAGACAAGAGCUACGAGAACUGCGACCCUUCCGUCAUCCUGAGCAGAGGCGACCUGCCCUUCCGCAAGGUGGAAGCGUAUUCACCAGCCACAAGUGAUUCACCCAUCUUUGUAUCCAGUGCUUACAUCACAUUCAAGUCAUCACAAGAGAGUUUGCUCAACGGGGAUCACAAGAAGCCCCCGUCUAACUGUCCACUCAGUCCCACACACUACCAGCAGCCCCCCACACCUGAUCAUCCCCCGCCAUCAGCGCUGGAGGCAGAGCGCAGUAUCCACCAGCGGAUACGACCUCUUAGUCAGGAAUAUUGCAACAUGAUGAAGAGAAGAUCGCGAGACAUGGAGACGGAGACAGAUGAAGAGUUGCUGCUCCUGGUGUUUCCCGCCAAUACUCCAGCUGACCAUUCCAGCGGCAGUUUGUCCAGUAGCGUCAGUCUCAGUGACAAGAGCGUCUCUACAGAUAACAACCAGGUGGAGGAGUACAUCGGCGACGUCCCCUUCGCUGGUUUACUGAAGGGCUCCACUACCACUGAUGGUGUAGGCUCUGCCAGAGCUGAGAGACCCAAGACUCUGCGUCGCCUGAGGGCCGUGUAUGACCAAGGUCAGGGGUCAGCAGCCUCAGACAUGAAGCAGCGACCUCCCGAAGACCCGUCCUCGGGCCCCGGCUGCGGCGUGCUCAGCCCCUUCGACGAGCAGGAGGAGUGGGCCAAGAUAUCCGAGAUCAUGGCCAGCUUCGGCACCGGCCUCGUCAGAGAGUCGGUGUUUGUCACGGAGUUGGAGAAGGAGUUCCAGGCUAGACUAGGUGUUUCUGGCCUAAACAGAUCAGACAGUGGGGCCUCCAUAGUCAGCACAACGUCUACUGUGGCUCAGUGGUUGGCUGGGAUGGGACUGGCCGACUACGAGUCUCUCUUUACUAACUACGGUUACGACGAUCUCGACUUUAUUAACGGUGUGUUGGAAGACUCAGACCUGGUAGAUAUGGGAGUCAGUAAUGAGAAGGAGAGAGGCCAGAUUCUGGAGGCUGCGCGCAGUCUGGCAGCGAAGGUUGUGUCUGCGUACAGACCAUCCCCAUCACCUGCGCCCCCACCUAACAACAACAACAACGAGGAGAGCAACGGGGGCAACAGCGGGGACAAAACUGACUCUCAAUCUGAACCAGCACAGACAGUAGAAGACUGGUUGUCUCGCCUACACCUGCCGCAGUACGCCGACACAUUCUCUAGGCACCUGUAUACAGACAUGGAGCGAGUCAGGCGCAUCUGGGAGGUGGAGUUGACGGCUGUGCUGGAGAUCAGCAAGCCUGGUCACCGCAGGCGCAUCCUGGCGUCUCUACCUGCCUCAUCACGUCAGCCGCCAUCCAUGGACUCCAUCAACCAGGACCUCUCCAACCUGAAGAACAACAUUCACCAACUGAAGGAGGAGAUCAAGACAAAGUUGCCCUCCAACCAGAGCACCCCCGGAUCCACAGGGACAUUACGGCAUAGUCACAAGAAGAGCCGCCCAGCGCCCCCGCCUCCUCCACUGGGCGGAGGAGACCUGGAGAUACGAGAGCCUAGUCAGCUACUGGUGGGGGUCCCCGCUACACUCACUACACAAUGGCGACAUCAGCCACACUCACUGGUCACCGGACAUGUCACCUACCUGGCCAAGUAUUUGGGUUCAACCCUUGUGAAAGAACUGAGGGGAACCGAGUCUACAAAGAAGAGUAUUCAAAAGCUGAAGAAGUCGUCAUCAAGUGAUGACAAAGAGAAGGUCAUCCCAGAGAUCAUCUUGGCUAUUUCAUUCAGAGGAGUCAAGUUUCUCAACCCCAGCAACCAGGAGGUGAUCUGUGAACAUGACAUCCGUAACAUCCACUGCGCCUGUCAGGACGCUGAAGACCUCACACACUUUGCCUACAUCACCAAGGAUCACUCCAGCAAGUCACAUUUCUGCCACGUCUUCUGUGUCAACUCCAUGGAUCAAGCGACUGAGGUGAUUCUAACACUCGGUCAAGCGUUUGAAGUGGCCUACCAGAUGGCGUUGCGCGAGGGCUGCCGUGACUCCAGAGGCAACGGUCACACCAGGUCUCGUAGUGUCAACCAGAUCACGACCACCACACUGUCAGCGCCUGUGACAACUCAGCCUCAGACUAACUCACACUCACGUAGUCACUCGGUUAAUGAGAUCAAAGUGAACGGUAGCGUGACGCCCCCCACCACACCAGGUCGCGCACCUAUAGUGACGAGCGACGACGUGUAAGCCACCACUGGGCCACCAUUGGUUAAUUGUUGAACUAUGGUGAAACCUCUGUAGUAACAGGAAUAUGACGAUUAACUGAAUAUGGAUCUCAGAAAUUUCUUUAUAAUUACGACAGUUUGGGCAACUUUUUAAAUGUGUUUCUAUGCUGUGGGCAUUUUUAACGUUUUGUUGGGGAAUGGUCAAAAUCUUGGCCUUGUAACUAUCUAACAACGCCCUUUUGUUAGAUAGCAUCACUAAUUUAUAGCCCAGUGACAAAAAUGUCUUCUGGGUCCAAAAACAAUCUUGCUUGAAAUCAAACCAGUGACUUUCAGAUUUUACGUAUAUGUAUAUCUACUCGACUAGAUUUACAAUUAGAAUGAUUUCAGUAUAAAAUAACACAGUGUUAACAAGAAUUACACAUGAAUUUUCUUUUUUUUAUGAACAUAAUGCUUAUAACACGUCAUAUUAUUAAAAACUGUAGUGUGGCAUAAACCUACAAAAAAACUUGUUAAUAGUGCAUUUUGGAUGUAACGGAAAACAAAGAUUGAUGGUUAAUCGAGAUUCCACUGUACUUCUUUGGUUGACUAAACUAUUGCAAUUUUUUGUCAAGAAAGUUUUUGCCAUGGCUAGGUUAAAGGUGUCUUGGGGAUGCUUGACAUUUUGAGUGUAUUUUGGAUUUGAUUUGUUUGAUAUAUUACAUUUUGUUUGCAUUUAAUUGCAAGCUAAGAGCUAUAAGAGUACUUCAAUUAACCGUUAAGUGCACAAUCUGUUGUCUAAAUAAAAAUAAAAUUGUUAAAAACUAUUUAAGGGUUUGGCAGAAAAGUAAAACUAUACAGAAAAUAUUUACUUAUACAAAUGGCCAGUAUGGAUAAUUUGUCUUGUGUAAGGUUCGGCAAUAUUAACUGGCAAUACUGUUUUGCUUUUGAACAAUCAACUAGCAGUGGUAUAUUCUUCAUAAUUCAUAAACAUAAUUAUACUUCACUUUAGAUUAUUUUGUAUAGCGUGACAAUAUUAGUUAGAUUUAUUAUAUAUAUCAGGGUUUUUAUACUACUGUUUAUCUUUAGAUGGUUAGCUACAGUUUUAAUCUGUAUAGCGUACCUGUUAAAAACUAAUUUCAAUAUUUAUUACUGUCAACAUUUGUUUGGAAUGGUGGUCCAGUGGAUUAAUUUUACAAAAUGAACUUUAUUUUUGGUGUCCGACAUCACCAAAUAGACUGCUACGGUUACGUUAUUUCUAAGUCAUAUUUUAGCUUAUAGCCCAAAGAUAGUGCAAAUAUCCAGUUAGUUUGUAUUUGAUUACCUAUUUGUUGACUGAAAUCACAAUACCAUUGACUGAAGCUAUGAAAAGGUCUUUUCGAGUUGUAUUAUAUUUAUUGUGGUAAGGAUCUAUAAAACUAUGGUUAUAGUUUGAUUUUUGUUCGAGACUAUACCGUUUUACCCUUGAAUUUGAACACCGCAAUAAAAACCAAUUAAGAACCUACAGUAAUGUUUUAAGAUCCAACAAUUAGCAUUGAUACAUAUACUUUACAUCAUUUUCCAACCAAGCCAUUCACUGCCAAUCAAGUGAAUGAUUAAACUUAGUGAUUUAGCAUUACAGGGUUGAUUACAAGUACAAAUAACAUAUUAUUUAUCCAAACACCAUUAUAGACAAGCCUUGAUUUAUUUGGUCUACUACAGGUAUUUAACUAGCAUCAUAGUUGGGACCCUCUCCGAGGGCCAAUUUCAGGCAGCCCCUGUCCCUCCCCUAUUAGGGGUGACCCUAUUGUAAGGGAUCUACCACAAAGUGAGCUAAUGUAUUGAAACUCAAACUUAACCACUUGUUUUUAUUUGAAAAAAAAACCUUUUGUGCUCAAAACUGAUGAUGUUAUUUUACAGUUUUUGUGCACUUAAAAUUUUACUGCAAUUUUUUAAAUGCUAACAAUCCUUAGGCAGGGUACUAAAAAAUCAUAACCAUCAAUUCCUAGCUUCGCAACACAUUUUAGUUGCUAAUCCCUCCAUGGUUUAAUGCUGUGAUUUUGUAUAUACAGCUUGUAAUGUAAAUUGUAUAUUUUAGAGUUGAAUAUGUGUGCAAUAAUUAAUUCAGAUGUAUUUAUUGUUCUGAUUUGUGAAAGGUUGCUAUGUGAAUUUUACUGGAAUUUAUUGCUUUUGAGCUAGAUUUGUUUGCAUUUAAGUGUGGUGUAUGUGGAAUUGUUUGAAUUUAUGUGGAAAUUUAAUUUGUAAAUAAAAAAGACUAGAAGCAUUUUUAUUUGUGUAUACACGAUGCUAAUAAAAUGGACUAAAAAACUAUUAUAAAUGGUAACUAAAAUGAUAAAUUUGUUCAAUUUGUUUUACUGUAUUGUUUAUGAGUUCAAAAAAGUGAAAAUAUGUAAAUGAAAAUUUAUUUCCAAAAAAGUUUUUUAGGUACCCUAACGGUAAUCAAAUAUGUUUCAAUACGUAUUUACUUGUAAAGUAAUUUUUCGUAUAUGUGUAAAAUUGAUGUAUGUUAAAUAAAAAUUGCUGGUUGAUGUAAACAAUAUCAUCAACAUGCUAUAUUCAUGUUAAAUGUCAGCUAAAUCGAAUAAGUUACGUGUGGAAUAUGUUCACAGAUAUCAUAGGGUAGGUCAAAAGUACAAGCAUGAGAGACACCAAUCUUAAAAAAUUCCAAGAUGUUAAAUCACAUCAAAAUGUGAAAGAAAUUGUAUUUUGUUUUUAGGUUUUUGGGAGAAAGGUAGAAAAUCUACUAUCCCACUAAAAAAAUAUGAGAAUCCCUUAAGUAAGAAUUGUUUUAAUAGUAGUCAUAAUUCCUAAACAGUUUGAUUUUAUUUUUAGAUAACGAUUUAUUUUUAAAACUGUUGUAUUCUUUUUUAGUUCUAAUGUUUUGCUGAUACUGAAUCAUAUUGAUCGUGGUUAUUCUAGUUGUUAAAUUUGCAAAUAACUUGUACAGGUAUUAUAUCAUUGACUACAUUUGUUGCCUUUACACUUGCUGCUUGGCUAUGCAUUUAUUAUAUAUAUUGUUGAUUCUAAGUGUUAUUGUUUAAAAUGUAAAUGCUUUGAUGUUCUUGCUGUUAGAUUACCAGUUUAAUUAAGUCCCAGUUUUCCCCUUAUUUAUUGCUUCAGUGAAAAAGAAUGUGAAUCAAAUCUGUUUAUUUGAUCAAUCAAAUUGAAUCAAACUUGUUGUGUUGUAAAUAUGUGUAUAUAAGAAAUUUGAGACAAUUUAGUUUAAAUAGUUUUAAAUUAAUAAUCAGUUUCUUCUCAGUUUGUGUAUUCCAUGUCUUUCACCUUUUUUUAUAUUAUAUGAGUAAACGUAAUUAAUAUGAAUUUGAAAUAUGUUUGUUUAAUGAAGUGUAGAAGAAUUCCCCUGGUUCAAAGACACCAUUUUCCCAGUAAAAAAGUGAUUAAAAUUAAAUACAGGAUGUAAAUUUUAUUUAUUUUUUAAAAUUUUAAUUCUUUUCUUUUUCAAAAUUAAAUGUUUUGAUGAUUGGUUCAUAAUUUGCAUUAAAAAUUAUAAAAAAAUACAUGCACUUAUUUUUACAUGUCAGUAAAUGUGUUGAGCCCUGAAUAUUAAAUUAAAACAAGGAUUAUCGAAUGCUCCUCACAUUACCUUCCUAAGAAUAAUAAAAAACACCAACACAGGGCAAAUAAAGAGUACAGCAAAAAUUUACUGUUCUUAUAAGAAUUGGUUGUGUUUUAUCAUGCCCCUUAACUAUAAUAAUUCAUACUUUAUUGUCUAUCAUUUAAAAGUUAAUUUGUCGCCCCAAUUUUUUAAGGUCCAAACUGAUAAUUAAAAAGAGACGGAAAACAAAAAUUUUAAAAAUUAUCCACAUUUAGCUAUUGUAUAGGUUUAAUAUUCUACCUAGUAGAAUUAUGUAGCUGUAAAUAGCACAUAGCAUUUACUCACUGAAGCAAUAAACACUUUAUAGAAAUUAACAUUUCGAUAGGUGUAUAACAUAAACAUACUCGAUUGGUGUAUUGAUAUGGGAAAGCAUAAUAAAGUUCAACUUUGAAUCUGCUUAUUUCAAAGCUUGAAGUCAUUAAACUUGUGUUUAUUUUAUUCAGCUACAAAUUUGCAUUUAUAAAUUUCCCCAUGUUAAACUGUGUGACUUCAUGAAACUAUCAACAUCGAUGAUUUUUGCCGUCCUGGCUUUGGUCGCUCGCUGUUGUGAUUUCUUGUAAUCAAAUAAUUUUAGAAUUUACCUUUUACUGUUAGAAAACAGUUUUACCAUAAAGUAUACCCAAAGGAGCUUAUCAUAAGGUUUUAUUUUUGGUUUUACAUUUUAACUUUAAGCUUUGGCUGAUAAUUUGUUACAAAGGUAAUACAACAAUGACGAUACUUUCAAAGUACAAUAAUUUAUACCAAGUGUGUGCUAUUUUGACGUAAUUUCAAGUAAAUGUUUUGUACAAGGUUUGACUCUGUUUUCAAAAGUUUAUACUGUUUUGUAAAUUCCCCUUGAUUAUUGUGUAAACGUAAAGUAUACAAGACUGUAUUAUACAGAUUUUGAGGACUAUACACCAAUGUUUCGAUGGCCCCUUGCUUCCCUGUCUCUUCCCAUAUUGUUGUUGUUACAUAUCCUUUAUGUAUCAUCUUUCUCUGUGUGCUAAAUUCUGUUGUUUCUGUGGCAAUUCUGCUUUAAAAUAACUACAACACUUAGAACUGUUUUUAAAACGCAAAUUUUAUGCAUUUUUGUUCAGUUUAGAUUUGUUUAGAAAUAAAAUGGUAAAAUGUCAAAUGUUAAAUUUUUUUACUUUUCAAAGUAUUUUUUUUUAUAAUGGUUUAUAUACAUUUUUUUGUAGCUUAUUGAUUAUUUUAUUCAAUUUUCAAAAUGAAAUAUAACUGUUACGUUUAUAAUAUAACAAUGCAACUUAAGACCUGUACAUGAUGACCACACAAGCUGUAACAAUACUACAGACAUAGCCACAGCCACAGAAAUAACCGAUUAUGGAUACUAUAUCUUGCACAAUUCUAUAAGUGUAACAUUGUCAAGGCUUUCAGUUCCUUUUGUAUCAUAAGAGAUUUAGCAUUGUAAAUAAGCUGUUAGGAACCAGGUUUACAGUUUCAAAUCCAUGUGUGCUUUUAAAGAAACUAUAUGAAAUGUAUAUUUAGGUAAUUAAAGAGUGUUUGGUUUCAAAAACCAGUGAGAAGAAUGAAGGAUCCUUCAGUGCUCAGUCAAGAACCUAAUAUACAAAUAUAUCAGUAGUCAUAGCAAUUUAUUACCGUACAUUAUCUAUUUACAAUCAUUAAACAAUGUUCUUUAAUGUAUGUAACUCAGAGAACCUAUAGUUAGAGACCUUAAGGUUUAUAUUAAGCGUUUACUGAACAUAUUUUGUUUUUGUUGAAUUAUUUUUAAAGUGUUUUAAUUGUUGGGGAAUCAGCAAGAGCUGUGAAACCGACUAUUAAAUAAUUGC